AUGCAGACGCAGGAGAUCUUGAGCCUGGCCAUCCCGGUGGUCUGGCUGGCGGCAUUUGCCACCCAGGAGCAGCGGGCGAGGGUAUCCGACCCCGUGAACGCGGUCCUCAUGGCCAUGUUCCUCGUGCACUACAUACACCGGGACCUCAUCUAUCCCUUCCGCAUUGUGCCGGGCAAAGGCACCCCACUGGCUGUCUGGUCCAUGGCCGCAGGCUUCUGUGCGUACAACGGCUACCUUCAGACCCGCUACCUCCUAGAGGAGGCGGCGAUGGGGCGCGCCAUCAGCCCCACCUUCCUGCUGGGCGCCGCGCUUUGGGCGCUGGGCUGGGGCAUAAAUCUCCACUCCGACACGGUGCUCAUCCGACAGCGUGGGGGGCGCAGGAAGGGCUACUCCAUCCCGCAGGGCGGCCUGUUUGCCCUCGUGUCCGCCGCCAACUACUUUGGUGAGGUGGUGGAGUGGCUGGGGUGGGCCCUGGCCUGCCGCUCCCUGCCCGCCACAGCGUUCGCCCUGUUCACCAUCGCCAACCUAGUCCCAAGGGCACUGCAUCACCACGCCUGGUACCACAAGACCUUCAAGACGUACCCAAAGCAGCGGCGCGCCAUCAUCCCCUUCCUGUUGUGA